AUGGGUAUCUCGCACUUAUAUACUACUCUACGGCCACUAGCCACUUGGGCCGCUCUUGAAGAUGAGGCUGUGGUCAUAGAUGGUCCUGCGCUUGCCUACCACAGUCUUCAUAUUUGUAGAGCAGGUGGUAUCAGACAGCCAUCAUAUGCUCUUCUCAAUCGCGUCACUAUAUCUUGGCUCGAGUCGCUUUGCCGGCACAACGUGCUCAUAAGAAAAUUAUAUUUUGAUGGCUUUCUACCUCGAGCAAAGCUACAAGUUCGCAUGGGCAGGAUGAUGAGGGCUACUACGCGACUGAACCGCCUCUACGUCUCACACCUCCAGGGAUGUCCAGUAUCAUACCUUGCAUCGGAUGAUAUUGAAGCAGAUGUUGAUAUUUACAAAUCAGGAGGGACGGAUGUAUGCCCUCUGACAGAUCCUUGCUUUCUGGUGCCGGCCGUGUUGAAUUGUCUCAGAGAAUCUACUCAAUACCGGAAGAUAACGGAGGUUGUGCCAGGUGAAGCCGACCACUUUUGCGCAGCUAAUGUCUCAAAGUACGGUGGUGUCUUGAUCACGUCUGACUCUGAUUUGCUUGUACACAAUCUUGGAGAAGGACAAGUCGCUUUCUUCCGAGACUUACACGCCGAAUCCGGACACUGCUUCAAGUUUCUAAGCUUUGCACCCAGGCAGAUUUUUGACAAGGUUGGCUUGGCGUACCCCGAAAAAGCAAUACAACUGGCAUAUGAACGCAAAAUGGCCCCUCAGGCAACUCUUUCACGAUUAAUCGAUAUUUGCUCGAAACCAGCACCACUAUCUGCUGAUUAUAUUGAAUUUGUAGAAAACUAUACUACAUCUGAGGAAGUUGUUCGCUUGCAAAAAGUUGGAUUGGAAGUACUUAAUCUGAACGAUUUGGAUCCCAGAGUGUCUGAGCUUGUCCUGGAAUUUUACUCAAGACGCUCCGGCAUGUCUAUGAACUCCUCGAUUAGGAUGUUUCUGCCUCCGUUGACGGAAUGUCCAGGUCUGAGAAGCGCCUGGGACAAAAGCACCCCAAUACGUCAACUUGCAUAUUCUAUUGGAAGCCAUAUUCUUCCUCGAAAAGACGGAUGCCUUCAAGUUCGGGAAUUUAGGCGGGUCGAGAGCAUCUCGCAUGCUGGUCGUCAAAGUGUUGCGAGGCUGAUAUCCAGCGUGAUGGUAUUAAAUUUUGGGUUUUUUUUGGCAAUGGCUCUGGACAAGAUGGAAUCCACUCGGAAAGGGGAAGAAACGCUCACGGAGACUAUUGACAAAUACUUUGUCGGCCUGACCGCAAAAUCGGGGGAUACCAGUGUGGCAUGGGGUAUUGUCCACGUUGCAGCACAGAUGCAGGGGACGCUGUACUCACUUCGGGUCCUUCAGCAAACGUUACGCUCGGUAUUCAGUCCCGAAAUAGAUGAAGCCCUUCCAGAGGUUACAGGACUAUACACAAUGCUGUCCGAACUGAUACCCGUGGAACUCUACCCUUGUACAACUGAUCUCCUUAGAAUCGCACGAGAACUUCAGAAAAGCAGAUCACUGUAUGCCCUCGAUGCAUUUUUGACUAAGAAGUUCUGCGGGAAUGAAUCUCCUGACAACGAGGGUGAGGAGAUCGAAUCAACUCUGACUGAUGACUCCGAGUCCGCUUUGUCUGCUAAGAGCGGCACAAACACGAACAACGAUGAGAAUAAUCCUUUUAGUGUUUUGAGCUUGGAGGGUUAG